AGUGGGCGCCGUCAUGAACCCGGAGAGCUUCGCGGCGGGCGAGCGGCGGGUGUCUCCGGCUUACGUGAGGCAGGGCUGCGAGGCUCGGCGCGCCCACGAGCACCUCAUCCGGCUGCUUCUAGAGCAGGGCAAGUGUCCAGAGGAUGGCUGGGAUGAAAGUACCCUCGAACUCUUUCUGCAUGAGCUUGCAGUCAUGGAUAGCAACAAUUUCUUGGGUAAUUGUGGUGUGGGAGAAAGGGAAGGGAGAGUGGCCUCUGCUUUGGUUGCUCGACGACAUUACAGGUUCAUCCACGGAAUUGGACGAUCCGGUGAUAUUUCUGCUGUGCAACCAAAAGCUGCAGGCUCUAGCCUCUUGAACAAAAUUACUAAUUCUUUGGUGCUUAAUGUCAUAAAGCUUGCUGGUGUUCAUUCAGUGGCCAGUUGCUUUGUAGUUCCUAUGGCAACUGGGAUGAGUCUAACCUUGUGUUUCCUGACACUACGACACAAAAGACCAAAGGCCAAGUAUAUCAUAUGGCCACGGAUAGACCAGAAGUCCUGCUUUAAGUCCAUGGUCACUGCAGGUUUUGAACCCGUGGUAAUAGAAAACGUAUUGGAAGGUGAUGAGCUGCGCACAGACCUGAAAGCCGUGGAGGCUAAAAUCCAGGAGCUCGGGCCGGAGCACAUCCUGUGCCUUCAUUCUACCACAGCCUGCUUUGCUCCAAGGGUGCCCGAUAGAUUAGAAGAACUGGCUGUGAUUUGUGCUAAUUAUGACAUUCCACAUGUAGUCAACAACGCUUAUGGAUUACAGUCUUCAAAGUGCAUGCAUCUCAUUCAGCAGGGGGCUCGGGUUGGUAGAAUUGAUGCUUUCGUUCAGAGCUUGGACAAAAAUUUUAUGGUUCCAGUAGGUGGUGCUAUAAUUGCUGGCUUUAAUGAGCCCUUCAUUCAGGACAUCAGCAAGAUGUAUCCAGGAAGAGCCUCAGCCUCGCCGUCCUUAGACGUCCUCAUCACCUUGCUGUCACUGGGCUGCAGUGGCUACAGGAAGCUGUUGAAGGAGAGAAAGGAAAUGUUUGUCUAUUUAUCCACCCAACUAAAGAAGUUGGCAGAGGCCCACAAUGAAAGACUACUACAGACACCUCACAACCCUAUAUCCUUAGCUAUGACACUUAAGACGAUAGAUGGACACCAUGACAAAGCUGUCACUCAGCUUGGCUCAAUGCUUUUUACCAGACAAGUGUCUGGAGCCAGGGCUGUGCCUCUUGGGAACGUGCAAACUGUGAGUGGCCAUACUUUUCGAGGCUUCAUGUCCCAUGCAGAUAAUUACCCCUGUGCUUACCUCAAUGCGGCAGCAGCCAUCGGGAUGAAGAUGCAGGAUGUGGACCUGUUCAUAAAGAGACUUGACAAGUGCUUAAACAUAGUAAGGAAAGAACAGACUAGAGCAAGUGUUGUGUCUGGAGCUGACCGCAACAAAGCUGAAGAUGCGGACAUUGAGGAAAUGGCUUUGAAACUGGAUGACGUGCUUGGGGAUGUGGGCCAGGGCCCUGCUCUAUGACACAGGGCUCUUUUUGACAGUUCAUACAAUGUAUGUAAAGUUUUUGAAUCAAGAAUUUUAUAGAGAGUAUUCUGCCAAGGAAGAGACUGGUCUGAGGGUGAUUGCUUUUUAUCCUUAGAUUGCCUCAGAUGAUGCUUACUAAUAGAAAAUGUAAAGCUGCAGGUGAUUCUCACUCAGAUACAGAGAGCUUCUGAGCCAUUCGUCAGCAUUCAGAGGUUGUUUGUUGGUUUGUUUCCAAUCACACAGAAUUGAGAAAGAUCUGUUUCUAAUGCUGCUUAACACCAGAUGUUUAUGUAGCAGUCUCUGUGCCUAUUGAAAGGAUGUUUCCCAAGGAAACAGGGCCAUGUCAUAGGCUUAAGAGCUGGCUUCGUUAUAUAUAAACAGCAUGGAAAGACUCACAGUGGGUGCUAGUGGCGUUACCUGGUAGAACCCAGCAGUUCUGCUCAGCACCUCACCUACUGCCCAACACAUAGUCCUCAGAAGAAUUCUCCAGUCCAGGACAUCAGUAGUGAUGUGUUUUAGGGAAGCGAGCUCCCCAGUGAAAGAGGAGUUACCACAUGUGCUGCCUGAUGGAUGACACUGCUGUUUGUGGUGGGCUGCAUGGAAAUCAGGGGUCCCAUGAGAGCAGUGCCUAUCGAUGUGGUGGAUGUCACAGUUUGUUCAGGUGUGUGCCAUGCUGUUCAUAUACCUAUAAAAUCAGCUAAUUACAUGUUUUAGACCAUAUCUCAGUGAUAUGUGCCUGCAAAAAUUUUAAAAAGUUAGGUCUGUGAAUGUUACUAGGGCUACUUGGUCGAGACUGUUAGUGACAAUAAGAGUCACUAGUUGCAAACAAGUUUCUACAAGUUGUUUUCUAUAAUACCUGCUCAUUUUUCCAUUUGGGCAACUGCAAACUUUAUUCCACAUACUGUCUGGGCUUUAAGCAGCCUUUGUGACUACAUAUAUAUGAAUGACUGAAAUUCUAGGCCCCAUACCUCUGUGUUUUUUGUUAGUUAUACACAACAAAACAAACAAAAAAACAAACAAACAGAAGAACAAAACAAAAAAACAACUAGACUGGGGGCUUAGUGAAGCCUCUUGGGAACAGCCAUGCCAAAGCUAUGUUUCUUAGGCCUGCUCUGUGGAGCGUCACUCUACCCAAAACAUAGCCAUGGGGAAAGGGCCCAUGGAGGAAUCAUUCGGGGAAAUGCCUUUGUAAAUUUGCUCAUGGUGUAUUAAAUGCUACAAGAGGAUUUCUUUAGUAAAAUUGGCCUGCUUUUCCAAAGAGGAGCCGGUUCUCUGAAAUGAAACACUCUUUGUACAUACUCUCCCAACACAAUGGGUCAAAUGUGUUAACUUCUGGAUUCUACUCUUGUAUUGGUAUGACACUGAGCUGUAUAUGAAAAGGGAGUCUUCCUUGCCUACGAUCUUAGAAGGUUUGUACACAUGAGCUUAGCCAGAAGCUGUUUUGAGUGCGUAAGUUGGGCCAUGUGAGCCACUGAUGCACCUGCAAGUCGAGGCUGGAUAAAGAACUCACUGGUAAAUGUAUUCUACCUUUGGGGACCAGACACUAAAAUGGCUCUUAGGUAGCUGUAGUAACUCGUUACAUGGGAGUAAACCUGGAUUGAAAGGCUCUGUGCUGUUUUCUGUGUGGAUUGGGGACUGCACCAUAAAUGAGAUGUAGCCACAAAGGCCCCGUCUCUGUGGGGCCUGUGAGGGUCAGAUGCUGCUGCCGAUGGAAUUGCUGGCAGUGCAGCUUCCUACGCAUCAGGCCAAAAUGAUUUUCUAGAACAAGUGAUCUAUAUUGUGUGAUCAUCAUUUUGCUUAAGAAAGGCCAGAGUCCAGAGACUGGAGAUGCUUCCUCAUCUGCCGAGUAUCAGCAGUUCUUGGCUUCAGCUGCUGAAUAGAUAAUAAUUCUAAUUGAAGAUAAAUUACAUGAACCCACAUGUGAAUGAUAGAUAUGGUACAACAUUUUAUUGCUGGUGCAUAAAAUCCGCUGCAGUUUUGGUUAUUAACCCUUUCCUUUUUAAGCACUUUUAAAUUCCAGCUCUGUUCUUCCUAGCUCCGGCUUGAGCCUAAGGUCAGGUUUUUCUCCCCCAACCCUGUAUGACUUACCUAAGUCUCUCUCCUGUUCACAUCUGCAUGUUAGAAGGACUGUUCCUAUCUCUGCGGGAAGCACGGACAGUCCUUGGGAUGCUUCCUGAUGUUCCCGUGUUGCCCUCAGGCUGUGGCAGUGGAGGGUACCGGGCAGGCAUUGCCUAAGGCCCUACUACUGUCUCUGUGGCCCAACUCCUCUUACAGUAGGGCCAUGAAGUAGACUGUUGGAGAUUGGCUUUUAAAGUCACUGGGCUGGAGUAGUCUGCCUAGAGAAGAGGUUUGGUCACUAACACAUCUUACUCACAUUGCAGGGAGAGGUGUUUUCAGUUGAGUCUUAGUUUGCCCUAGGUCCCUGCCGAUGUGUUCUCACUGUCAGGGAAAGAUAUGACAGGGCCUUGUAAGCCAGUGCUAACUCGGAAUCUUCCUACUGGCUCCUGGUAAUAGUUGGUCUCAGUUAUACAAGAUGAGUUAUGUAAUACAGUUCUCUUCCACCAAUAGGCUUUGAUGUGCAAUUGGUAAAUUUAAAUAUCAUUUAAAUAAAUAUUUUUCUAAUAACUUGGCCCAGCACUUAAUUAUUCACUGAUUCUAUUUCUUUACCCACAAGACAAGAAGAACUGUCACUGAGGCCGUAGAGACAGACAAUGUCUAUGCUCUGGCUUCCAUAGUAAAACUUUGACAAAUUCUCAUGUUUUAAACAGGUGGUGAUACUGAGUAAGUGCCCUCAUCCUGACAAGCUCAGCUUUGAGUCUUUUCACUAAAGUAGGCAAUCAACAAUCGAAAAUAACAGUAAUGAAAACCAGUGCUGAGACUCAUUCAUAUUGUUCUCAGAGAAAAAUUUGAAAUACACACACAUUUGGUGCAGAUAAAAAUUGGAUUUACGUUGCCUCCCAAUCUAGGGCGCACUAGUUUUUGCCAAGCUGGAAAAUGGUUUUGUUUUACGUUGAUGAGAUCGACUUUAUAUAUUGAGUUGGAAGAAACCCAGUUUUACAUGCGCAGAAGUUGGUUAAUUUCAGAUAUUUUUAUAAUCUUUGAAUAAUUUGGUAACCAAUUGGCCAUGCAAGUAGCAGAAGUGCAUGUAUGUAUGCAUGGGCAUGCGUGUCUGCGUCGAGGACUCGUCGGACAGGUGCUAGGUGCCUCCUUGUCUGUUUUUGUUGGUUCUGCUCUUUGGCCAACCUUAGUCUGCAGGUCUGAUUUGAUGCCUUCUUUAUGCCUUACAUUUUACUUUUAUUUUGGCUUCAUGGUCUGUGUGACAUAAAAUGAUGAUUUUACAGCUAAUGAAUAUUACUUUGUAACUAACCAGCUAAUAUUCUGCAGUUCAAGCUAAGGCCACAGACAAAGUCAGAUUCUGUUUAUACCAUAGUUUUGUUUUGUUUUGUUUUAAAUCAAAUAUGCCAACAGGAGCCUUUGGGGAAGAGGUGAAGGAAGGCUAAGUCUAACCGUGUAAGUGGGUGUGGGGGUUAAGCUAUGAGACUGUGAUGUGGACAUCAAUCUCCUGACCUGUAUAUUACCAAAGGGAGAAACAAUUCCAGAAAUAUUUUUGGUAUAGACUGUUUAAAAUAAAAACAAAUUGUAUAAUUUAUUACAUGAAAUAAAUUUUUAAUAAAUCAUUGACUACAGAUGAAAUCUGGAAGUGCAAAUAAUC